AUGUCUUCAAACACCAACAAGGUAGCCCUUAUUUUUGGGGCCUCUGGAAUUUCCGGCUGGGCGCUGAUGCGUGAAUGUCUCUCUUUCCCAUCAACAGAGACAUUUUCUCGUGUCAUCGGCUUGAGCCAUCGCCCAUUGUCCAAGGAAGCAGCUCGCCUUCCCAAUGACCCGCGACUGGAACUAAAUAACGGGCUGGAUCUCACCCAUGGGGGCCAGACCAAGGAGAAACUGGGAUCCCUCCCAGGCAUUGGCGAUGUAACGCAUGUGUACUUUGACGUUGUUAAAGUGAACGCAACGAUUGUUGACAAUGCUCUCAUCGCGCUCAACGAACUAUGCCCGAUGAUGGAGUUCUUCGGAUACGGAACUGUCGGGUUUGGAUGGCCGCCCGCACCUUGGAAAGAAGAUCUCCCUCGCAUGCCGGAGCCGUACGCCUCGGAUAUCUUCUACUACGCGCAAUACGACGUCGUAGCCAGACACGCUGCAAACAAGUCUUGGGGGUGGUCUGAGAUCAGGCCUUCAUAUCUGGUGCGCUUUGUCCCCCACCAUAAUGCGAUGAAUGUCGCACAGUCCCUUGGCCUAUUCCUCUCCUACUACCGCUCUAUGAAAGGCGCCGGGGCCGAAUGUGUGUUCCCCGGGACCCCCGACUCCUGGACAGCGCUCCGCACCGAAUCCGCCCAAGACCUAGUUGCCCACUUCCACAUCCACGUCUCUUUGCACACUGAUAAGAGUAGCGGAAGGUCUUUCAACGUCGGAGAUGGCGAUCCGGUGUCGUGGGAGCUAACGUGGCCGGUGCUAUGUGAAUACUUUGGCCUCAAGGGAGUUGGUCCCCUGGCACAUAAAGAGGGGGAGAUAUAUGGCAUUGAAUGGUUGAUGGCCCAAAAGGAGUCUUGGCCGGAUUGGAUCCAAGAGCAGGGUCUCAGGAAGAAUGCUCUGGAGGACAUGCAAUGGGAUAUUCUCCAGAUGGUCCUGACGCUCUCGGUCCGGAUUGACUAUGAUUUAGGUGCAUCCCGUGAGAUUGGGUUCCAGGAGAUUCUAAAGCCUGGUGAGGGCUAUAUGGUGGCAUUUGAUCGGCUGCGAGAGGCGGAGCUUCUCCCUUAG